UACUGCUGUCUUCCCGUUAUGUGGCAACACUUAAUGAAAGAAGAAAUUACUUUCUCGAGGUCUAAAACUUGCGAAGCUGGACAUAAUGUUCUCCAAAAAGUAAAGAGAAUAUCGGUUGAUGAGGACAUUAUUAGAACCAAAGGAAUUGAAGCACUAAGUGAGUCUCUUAUUUUACACUCAAGUUACAAGUGCUCUAUUAGCAAUUGCUCUCGGCAAAUUAAAGAUGUAAAAAUAGAUUUUAACGUUCAAAUAUACAUAGAAUUGGAGAUAAUGAUUUCAUCACAGACACUGAUGACCUGCUCACCGAAAGACUUCCCUAUCUACUUGAAUUUUGAUAAUAAUACUUUCAGAUUAGCAGGAAUAAUAGCUUUUGUCCCAGGCCAUUUUACUGCACUCUGUAGAAGAAUUAAUGGAAAUUGGGAAGAACAUAACGAUCUAUGUCAGGGAAAGAAAAAUUUCAACAGUAAUAUGAAAAUAACACCAAUUGCAGCAAUAUACAUUACUUCUAAAAAAAAUUGAUGCAUAAUUACGAAAAAUUUUAAAAACAAAAAAAUUUAAAUAAA